CUUCCGCGUAACUAGUAACACUCAAAGCCCGUGAAGUCAGUCAGUAGUUCACCGUUUGUUGUUUGUCACUAGUUGGUUGUUUUUCUUUUCUCGCCCUAGAUCGGUUAUGAACGGGCUUUGUUGGUCUCCGUGUAUUUGUACCUUCGAUUUUAGAGAAAACAACAGGAGGUGGAAUGAAAAACAGCAACGACGACAAACAACUAAAACGAACUGGUGUCUUUUCGCUGCAUUUCGGUUGCCUUUGAACGCAGCGUGAAGCUUGUGCGUUAAUUAAUUAAUUCGUUAAUUAAAGCGCUAUUUAAUUACAAAGGCGCUAAUUGAUUAAUUGAUUGAUUGGUUAAUUAAUUUGCGUUGUGAUUUAAACGAUCUCUAAGAGUAUCAUGGAGAGGAGCGGAGGCGAAGGGGAGGAGAAAAACAAGUUUGAAUUCCAGGAGGACAACAGAACCGACUCCGGUAUCGAAUCGUUCAGGUCUUUAAACCGAUCGAUGAUAGACGAUCGAUGCAGCACCACGAGUUCGGUACCGGAUCAUCACAGCAUGAGAGAAGAGAUUGACAAACUAAGCACGGAUGAGCGCUUGGACUCGUCUUAUGGCUCUUCAUCGUUGACCUCAGAAAGUCUGACAGAUCUUCUAAGUAAAUGCAGCGUUUCUGGGACUCGACCCGAACCGGACCAGCACGUAGUGGAUUACACCGAAGAGGAGGGAAACCUGUUAGCAACCAUCACAGAAGAUGGAGACACAUAUCUUCAUUUGGCUAUAAUCCAUGAGUUGGAAUCAUUCACCCACCAGCUCAUUAAUCUGUUCCCUAAAGAGGUCCUGGACAUCCAGAAUAAUCUCUAUCAGGCCCCGCUGCACCUGGCCGUCUACCUGGACCAGGUCCCUGUGGUGAAGGCCCUGGUGGUGAAGGGAGCAUGUCUAGAGUUUCAGGACCAGGAUGGAAACACGCCGCUCCAUGUGGCCUGUGAGCACGGCAGAUUCGAGUGUGCUAAUGAGAUGAUUCGUCAGGCUUCAGCCUCCAUGCUCACAUCAGUGUUCAAGAGACAGAACUGGAGAGGUCUGACUUGCCUCCAUCUUGCCACACUGCACAAACAUCACCGAAUCAUGAAACUGCUGGUGAAGAAAGGUGUGGACCUGAACCUCCAGGAGGGAACAAGUGGGAAAACAGCAUUGCACAUGGCUGUGGAACUGCAUGAUGUGGAUGCAGUGACUCUGCUGCUAACCAAAGGUGCCAACGUAGAUGCUGCUAUGCUAAACGGUUGUACAGCACUCCACCUGGCAGUCGGGCGUCAAGACACCACCAUCACCGGCCACUUGUGCCGGGCAGGAGCUGACAAAAUGAUUCGUAACAUUGAGGACGAGACCGCAUUAGACCUCGCCGACGGCAACGACAAUAUACUUUCAGUACUGCCAUUUGAUGACAUCCAGAUCAUGGGAAGAACUGUCGGCUUGAAUUUCUGAGUGUGGAAAUAUGUGUGUUCAGCGUCCCUGCUGUCUGAGAACUCUGGGGACUUCAGUUAUUAAAAUUCAGUUGGUUUAACUUUUUACAGCCUUGUCUAUUCUCAGUGGAGAUGUACUGAGAAUGUUAAUUUAUACACAGGUUUGGAUGAAGUGUUCAUUUUUCAAGUCUACUCCAAAUGAAUCUGCAUGAUAAUCAGAUUAUUCUUUUAUAUUUUUGAGCAUUGUCUCUUUUCUCGUGGUUUCUUCUUAACCAUUUAAUAUCGCACAUAAUAAUGUUUAGAAAUCCUAGCUGGAACUUUUUAAAUACCUCAUAAUACAAUGGAUACAGAAAUAACUGUUAGGUUAUGAAAAUCAAAUACAGCACUUAGUAGGUAGAUAAGAUAUAAAUAGCACAAUCAGGGUUUAGAGCACCACUCGUCUUUUCUGGUUUGGUGGAACACCUGUUUGUGUUCAAAACUGACUUCAUGCAACAAUUUUGUUAAAUAUGUUUUAAAUUUUCCUUUAACUUUGUUAAAUGCUUUCAUUUCUCUUGCAUACAGAACUCCUUGAAGUGUGAACUAUUGUGUGGUUACACCUUACUUUAUUUUGAAUUCCGUGUAAAAGACAGUAUUUUUGUUCAAGUUGAAUUUCACUGGCUGCAAAUCUUUCACAUGUGGUGGAUUUAAUAAUUUAUUAAACAGCUACUUCUGACGCAUAUUAGAGCUACAGAAGGCUCCCCCACUAGCCAUCAGCUAAGAUUACGAGCUUCAAGCUUCAUGUCGCAAACAAAUGAUGGUUUCACAGUUUCUCAUAAAUAUCAUUCAAUAAACAAUUUGUAAACAUAAAAGGAAUAAUUGGGUAUUUGCUGUAUUAACACGAAUACAUUUUGUUUUUUGCUCUUUAGCAAUAUUAGCUACCUAGUGCAAAACCAAAAAGUGUUAGUCAGUGUUUUUGUUGUUUCAGCCAAGAGUUUUUUGCUCAAGGUUCUGUGGCAGUCCUGGCAUUCAGUUCCUAGUGGAAACCUUUGCAAAUAGUUUUGCACCACUGCUGUAAAGUGUGCUUUGUACUUUUUAGACUGAUUUAGUGUAGAUCAGUGUAGAUGCCUUAUGAAUGCAUGUUUGAAUGAUGUUCAGUGAUCAAUCCUAAAUACAAGAUCCAUCAAACCCAUCGCUGUCAAAUAUAUAAUACAUAGUUUAAUAGUUACCAUGUAAAUAUAUUCUGUAACAUUUUAUUCAAGUUUGAGGUAAUCUGGAGAAGAUUCCAACAUCUAGGAAGUUUGAGAAGCUGUGUGUUAUUUAGGUGUGUGUGUUUGUUUUUCUCAGAAUGUGCUCCUGUUAUUAUAGUGUAUUGUUUCCUUACAAACAGUUUUUCGAGAACCGGUAUUUCUAGCAAAUUCACAAUAAUUAACCAGGAUGCAGUUCGUGGAUUUUUUUUUCAAUGGUUUUAACCAAGGAUUUUAAAUGCACAUACAAUACUCUUAUAAACUCUUCUUUUUAAUGCCAUUAAAUCCACACUUGCAAGAUGUACAGUUAGAAUUUUAUACAUUAGUCUUAAAACAAGACAGGAUUAUUUUGUAUUAAAGGUACAUUGGCUGAAGUCACUUUGUAAGUUUGUUGUAUCUCAAAUCAAGUGAUUAUUGUUACAAAUUUUUUUUUUUUACCUUCAAAAGAAAAUACAUUUUAAAGGUUCAAUAAAUGUUUAAGGUAUGGCAAAGGUUUUUGGGGUUGUGUUUUAUUUUCCCCUUUAGAAGUCUAGUGUUUUUUUUUGUUGUUUUUUUUUCAUAACAUCUUUGUAAAAGAAAAAAGCCAAAUUUCUAUGAAAAUAAAGAC